AUGUACAAUAACGCUCAUUCCGAACGUACGACGGCCGCCGGGGACAACGUAGUCUCGAUAAACGUUCCUUUCCGCAUGCCACCGAUCUGGCCUGACAAAGUCGACUUGUGGUUCAGGAUUCUGGAAGUGCAGUUUGAAAAUUUCGGGAUCACAGGCGACCAGGAGAAAUUCCAGGCCGUCAUCAUGAAUCUCGACGAGUCGCACUUGAGUUUAAUUCGAGACGUAUUCGACGUCUCACCGGCGACCGGGCGUUACGCCCACGUCAAAAUGGAGCUCAUGAAUAGAUUGGGAGAGUUGGAUGCCAGGAGACGUAUACUCGAAAACGAACAAAUGGGGGACAGGAAGCCCUCGCAAUUUUACCACGAUCUAAAAAGCCUAGCUGUCAAUUUGUUAGCGGACGAUGUAAUCCUCACCAUGUGGGAAGGUCGACUUCCACCGCCCGUACGGAACAUCCUAGCCUCUGUACAGAACAGUGAUCCGGAAUCCCGUACAGAAAUUGCUGAUAAAAUUUACGAGGCCAUUCUGGAAUCAAGGCAGAUCGCCGCACCCAGCGCAGGCCGACUACCUGCGAUAACCCUCCCACCUGACCAGAACAGCGGAGUAGGCGACGCCACAGCAGCCUUCAACUCGAUCACCGAAUUGUUAGCGCGAUUCGAAACCGAUAUGAGAGAGAUGCUAGCUCAAGUAGCUGAGCAAAGAAGCAAUGAACACCGCAUAAGAACCGCUUUCAAGAAGGACCUGAACGCGACGGCAGCCGAAAUGGUUUACGAUACCGGCAUACGAUUACCGACUGAGUUCUUCGCAUCAACGAUGCAACAGGCCAAUACGGAAUUCGCGAACCGUUUAAAAGAGCAAAUAGAGAAAAUCAGGUCUCACCCGAUUACGCGACACGUCUCCCUAGAUCGAUUGAAACCCGCUUUUACUGUAUCUGACGACAUCGAACAACAACAAUUAGAAACUAGCGCAGGAACCCACGACAUGUUUAUACAGGUUAAAACCACAACUACGCAAAACACCGAGCGGGCACAGCAACGCGAAGACGACUCAAGAAGUCGAACUUCUCAGAAAGUUGGUUUAUUAUUACCAAAAUUAGUCUAA